CUAACGAUGUUUUCCGAGCAGGCUGAUUUAAAUUUCAGCUUUAACAUGAGCGAGGAGGACCGGUUAACUCUUCUGGAUGAGGACUGGAGCGACUCACCAGUGGAGACGCUCUCACGCGCGGGCUUCAUCGCCCUCUCAGUGUUCCUGGGAUUCAUCAUGACUUUCGGUUUUUUCAAUAACUUUAUCGUAUUAGUCCUCUUCUGUAAGUUUAAGACGCUCAGGACGCCGGUUAACGUGCUGCUUCUUAACAUUAGCGUCAGUGACAUGCUGGUGUGUAUGUUCGGGACGACCCUGAGCUUCGCGUCCAGUGUGCGGGGACGGUGGCUGCUCGGACGGCACGGCUGCAUGUGGUACGGCUUUAUCAACUCCUGCUUCGGCAUCGUAUCUCUGAUAUCCUUGGUGGUUCUUUCUUACGACCGCUACAGCACAUUGACGGUGUACCAUAACCGUGGUCCAGACUAUCGCAAACCUCUUCUGGCAGUAGGGGGUUCGUGGCUUUACUCUUUGAUCUGGACCGUGCCCCCUCUUCUGGGCUGGAGUAGUUAUGGCCUGGAGGGUGCAGGAACCAGCUGCUCUGUAUCAUGGACCGAGCGUACCGCCCAGUCUCGUGCCUACAUCAUCUGUCUGUUUCUGUUCUGCUUGGUCAUACCAGUGCUCAUCAUGGUCUACUGCUAUGGGAGAUUGCUGUACGCAGUCAAACAGGUAGGGAAGAUACGCAAGACAGCAGCGCGGAAACGGGAAUACCAUGUUUUGUUCAUGGUUAUCACCACGGUGGUGUGUUACCUUCUGUGCUGGAUGCCGUACGGGGUCGUGGCCAUGAUGGCUACAUUUGGGCGGCCAGGAAUCAUCUCACCGGUGGCCAGCGUGGUGCCCUCUCUCCUCGCCAAGAGCAGCACGGUCAUCAACCCACUCAUUUACAUCCUGAUGAACAAACAGUUCUACAGGUGUUUCUGCAUCCUGUUCUGCUGUCAGAGGCACUUGAUGCAGAACGGUCACUCCUCCAUGCCCUCCAAGACCACAGUUAUCCAGCUCAACCGUAGAGUCCUCAGUAACACUGUUGCCUGCACCGCUCCGAUCUCCACCGGCAUCCACAAACACGACUGCAGCACCCCUGCCUCAGAGAGGACCAACCCUCCAGAGGUCACCACCUAAACUGACCCCUCCCAGCAGCCGUGAUGUCAAGCCUGCUUCGUUGUGCUGAAUGUAGCUUUUCAGUCAUAUUCAACUUUUUAUUUUCCUGGGCUUCUUUUACAGCUGUAAUACUUCAUUGUUAAUCAAAAACAAAAACAUUUCAAAACAUGAAAAAGCAUUUCAUUGCCAAGUAGUCAGGUCUUUUGCUGUGCAUGAAGAACCUUGAGUGCUCUCACUUUGCUGUUAAAAAAAAAAAAAACACUGAACAAGACUACAAAACAAGAUUGAACAAGAAGAACCCUAAAUGUACACUGCGAGAUAUUACAUUAGUGUAAGCACAUCGUUCCAUGUGACAAGGCUGCAUCAACACAGAUUAAUUUCGUUUUCUGCCAAACACAUCCAUAAAAUAGAAAUUGUUGUUUUAUUAAAAAACUGUCCUAAAAUGGUUAAAUGUUGCUAAUAUAUUUACAAAGUACAUCAAAAAAAUUGCAUUCCCUUUAAGAUGUACACAAGCAUAUACUACAGUUUGGGAUCAGUAAGGUUUAAGGCUUUUAUUCUGUAAGGAAGGGCACAUUCAAUUGAACAAAUAUGACAGAAUUGACAAUUUUAUGUGGUUACAAAAUAUUUCAAUUUUACUUUCUUUUAUGGAAUUCUCUAAAAAUCCUCUACAAAUUCUACUUUUCCAUCAAGUGAAUAAAUUACAUUUAAAAAAAAGAAAAGAAAACCGUUAUUGAGUUUGUAGUAAUAUUUCACAACAUUACUGUUUUUCUGUAUUUUCUGUUCAAAUAGCCACAGCCUUGGUGAGCAUAAAAGACUUGUUUCAAAAACAUGGGAACAUUUUUCAGAGAAAAAAAAAAAAACUUUUACCAAUACCAAAGAAAGAGCACCAUUAUCUGUUCCAUCAUACCUCAAAUUGUUCCAUUCCUAUUAGUUAUGUUUCAUAUGAUAAAUUAUAUUGCUGUCUGGGCCCAUAUCACUGAUGUAUAGGACACACUGAUCCUGAUCACUUCACAUCUGUGACAACGAUAGUGUUUCAGCGACUACGCAAUAUAGUAAAGAACUUCCACAGUGGGAACCUUCAUCACAAAAGACCAGACAUCCUAUACAUAAAACAGAUGAACAUUUCACUUUCGAUCCAAACUGAUGAAUUCACAGAGAACUGACUUCUGCUUUUGAAAUGCGCUGAAUGCAUGCCUGGGGUUGUAUAUUCCGUAAUAGUUUCUCUAAGGACACAAUCACACUGUGUAAACUCCUCAACAUCUCACGCUCCCAUCUCCAUGAUACUGAAAGGACUGUGUAUAAAGUGCCAAACCCUAAGAGGGCAAUG